GAUCCUGGGUCUCCUUUAUUUUUGACUCCUUACAUUGAGAAUGGAGAUAUAGAUAAAGCUCUGGCACUUUCAAAGGUUAGAUUGGAAGGGACCAAAAUCGUCAGCUAUUCUGGAUUCUUAACUGUUAACAAAUCCUCAGACAGCAAUAUGUUUUUCUGGUUUUUUCCAAGCCUGAAUGAUGACCCAAGAGAUCCUGUGUUAUUAUGGCUACAAGGUGGGCCUGGUGGAUCUUCACUAUUUGGAUUGUUUGUUGAGAAUGGUCCAUUUGGAGUUAAUGAGCAACUCAAACUAUUUGAAAGAGAAUAUACAUGGAACAGAAAGUACAACCUGUUAUUCAUUGACAAUCCUGUUGGUACUGGAUUUAGUUUUGCAAAUGAUGAUGGCUAUGCCAGAAAUGAAGAUGAGAUCGCCACUAACUUAUAUGAGGCACUACUGCAGUUUUUUGAUUUGUUUCCUGAUUUAAAGGGGAACCAGGUCUACCUAACAGGAGAGUCCUAUGCAGGCAAAUAUAUUCCAACUCUAGCAAAUAAAAUUCAUACUUCUCCAAAACCAAAGAAAAUUUAUUUGAGGGGGGUGGCCAUUGGAGAUGGCUUUACUGACCCUCCGGUGAUGAUUCACAGUUAUGCUGACUACUUAUAUGAAAUUGGUCUCUUGGAUUCAAAUCAGAGGGAUUUUUUCAGAAAUCAAACAGACCUAUGUGGAAAGUUCAUGGAGAAUAAGAAAUGGGUUGAAGCUGAAAAAAUAUUUGAUCUGCUUCUGAAUGCAGAUAUAAUCAAUGGAUCAUCUUUUUACCAAAACUGCACUGGCAUGUCAAAUUACUACAACUACCUUAGAACUGUUGAACCAGUUGAAUACGGGUAUUACAGCAAGUUUAUAACAACAGCGCAAGUUAGGAAAUCUAUUCAUGUGGGUAAUCUACCAUACCAAUCAGGAAACAAAGUGGAAACAUUUCUAUUGGAAGAUUUUAUGCAAUCUGCUAAGCAUAAUUUAAUACCGAUCAUGAACCGUUACAAGGUAUUGCUAUACAGCGGUCAGUUAGAUGUCAUAGUUGCCACACCCUGCACAUUCGAUAUGAUAAACAGCAUGGAUUGGAAUGGGGCAGAAGAAUUCAAAAGAGCAAGACGACUUGUAUGGAAAGUUAGCCCAGAUGAUGUAGACGUGGCCGGAUAUGUCAAAAGAGUUCAUGACUUUUAUUUUGUAACCAUCAAAGGUGCAGGUCACAUAGCUCCCUACGACCAACCACGACGCUCUUGGGAUAUGUUGGAUAGAUUCAUCUCCGGAAGACCUUUUAAAUAA